UGCGCAAGCGUGAUCGCUAGGUUGGUUACCUGGCUGGCCCCAACUAACUGCCGCCCGACGUAAAAUGAAGAGGGAGAUGUCCGGAGAAAUAGAGUCGUCCGCGCGAGAGUGAAUGCCUCGGGGCUCGGGCCAAUGCUGUCCCUCGCAGGUUGUCGGCUUUUGAAAAGGAAGCUGGACCCCGCGACCAGGAAAAGGUGCCUGCGACUGACUACUGGUGCAAAGAGCUGCCCAUUUCCCAUUCGACCAUGUCCCUGAACGCCAACAUCAACAACAUCACCGCCAGACUGCCCCUGCGCACCGCCUCGUCCUGUGCUGUGCGCCCCCGCUCCCACACCCACGCUCACGCUCACGCAUCCAGGACGCAGCGCCGCGCUUUCUUCCUCAAGUCGUUUUGGAGCAGGGCGCCCCGCGCCGCUGAGCACGCAGAAUGGAACUGGAACCCCGCCAUCAGCGGCCCGUUCCGGCAGACGAAGCAGCAGCUCAAGGAGCAGGAAGAGCAGGAGCAGAAACAGCGCGCAGAGCAGGAGAGUCUGGCUGAAGCGGCGGAGCAAGUUGGCGCCUUGGACGGCGAGCCCGCGCAGCACGUUGCGCUUGAAAUCGACGGGCGGCUCAGGACGUUCGACACGGCGUUCCUGCGCGACAGCUGCGCGUGUCCGCUAUGCAGGGACCCCCACAGCAAGCAGAAGCUGUUCCAGACGUCGGACAUUCCGGAACAUCUCGAGGGGAGCGGCAGGGCGGUAGUUGACGAAGAGAAGGGGCCAAUGGUGGAAUUCACGUGGAAGAAUGACAUCGAGGGAUAUGGGCCAGAGCACCACACACGACACUCGAUCGACUGGCUGCGGCGCGCGCUGACCAUGGAAGUCGACCUGCGAGGCGGCGUGCGCCACGACGAGCGCGUGCUGUGGAACAGAGACCGCAUCACGCGCGACAACAAAUGGGUCGACUACAAGUCCUACAUGACGCAGGACGACGUGCUCUUCGACGCCCUCUCCCACCUCAACAACUACGGCCUGCUGUUCGUCAAGAACGUGCCCGACUCCGAGACCUCCGUCGUCGACCUCGCCUCGCGCAUCGGCACGCUCAAAGACACCUUCUACGGCCGCACCUGGGACGUUCGAUCAAAACCCCAGGCCGAAAACAUCGCCUACACGCCGCACUUCCUCGGCCUGCACAUGGACCUGCUCUACACCUCCAACCCCCCGCACCUCCAACUCCUACACUCGCUCCGCGCACGCACCCCCGGCGGCGCCUCUUUCUUCAGCGACUCCUUCCACGCCGCACACCAGCUCCUCCGCCACUCAGCCUCGCACUUCCGCGCCCUCGCCACCUUCCCAGUCACAUACCACUACCACCACAAAACCCACCACUACCACUUCACCCGCCCCGUCCUCGAACUCUCCCCCUACCCCAAAUACGCCGACCCCGGCUCUCCCGCUAUAAAACGCGUCAACUGGUCGCCCCCCUUCCAGGCCCCCUUCGAAUCCCGCAUUGGGUCGAAUUCUUCCACCGCGCUGCGCUCGUUUAUCGCCGCGUCGCAUGCGUAUGAGAAGGUGCUGGCUGCGCCGGAGAAUCUGUUUGAGUAUCGGCUUGAGGAGGGGGAGUGCGUGCUUUUUGAUAAUAGGCGCGUGCUGCAUGCGAGACGGGCGUUUGAUGCAAGCAAAGGGGAGAGGUGGCUGAAGGGCGCGUAUGUGGAUGAUGAUGUGUUUUUUAGUAGGUUGAGGGUUCUGGAGGAGGGGGUGAGGGGGCAGUGGGUUGCUGAGGGGACGGUGAGAUGUGCUGUUCCUUAGGGAGAUGCGUGGGGUUGGUGGUUGCAUAGCGUUUUUUUGUUUGUCUCGAUGGAUGGGUAGGAGGUGAUGGUCUAGCAUUUAUAGCGUCCUUGGUACAGAACAGCAUUAUCAUUUUGAUCAACUUUCAGCGCAUUCAGCC